AUAUUAUUGCGAAAUCAAUAUAAUUGACUUAAUAGUAGGUGGUGGGUACUGUGGGUAGGUAAAAAUACCGAAAUCCAACAUGAAUACUUGUGAUAUUGUUCAACUGUUAAAUAAGCAAUAUGAAGAGCCUUCCUUUGUGGUCAAUUCCCUUAACAUCGAUUCAACUAACGUCGGGCGAGGAUUUACAAAGGACCCCAAAGAUAAAAAAAUACUUAACUACAUAGUACAGACCCAUUCUUUGUCUGUUUCACAAAUUGUUGACGAUAAAUUGGUACCAGUAGAAUCUAUUGGCGCUUUCGAUAAUACUAAUACGUAUCUAGUUCAUUGGGCCUUUACCAUGGUCUAUGAACAAAUGGAAUUGAUAUUAGAGAAUGUGUUCUUUUAUUGGAAGGGAUCCAAAGCGCCCAAAGGGCUUUCUCCAUUGCCUCCAGAUGUUGAUAACGAGACUGCUAUUGUCAAUAGAAUCGUCCAAUGGAGUGAACCUCCAGUAUUUUUCCAUUUGUUGGAAGAAAAACGUAUGGUCGUCUUCGAAGACAAUUUUGAUCCUUCAAGUCCACAUUUAUUUAUUGUACUUGGUGAACUUUCCAAGGAGUUGCAUUUAUAUGAAGUAUCAUUUAUGAAGAAAAACUUAAGAAGUAGGGGAGUGUUUGUUAUAGCAGUACCACAAAAGAAGAUUAUAUAUAUUUGGAAAGGUUCACAGAUUACAAAUGAGCUAGAUGCAGUAGUCAAAGGAGCAUGUUUGGGUAAUACAGUCAGAAAUUAUGUAGAUUCCUGGAAAAAUUUUGAAAUAUUAGAGAUGAAAGAAACUGAAGAGGAUAUUUUGUUUGAAGGAGAUACUAGUGAAUAUUGGCACGUUAAGGAAGUGUGUAAUUAUUCACCGAAAUUGUUCUUUCUAAAUACAAUUAUUGGGGAUUUCUCAGCUACAGAAGUGGAAUAUCCUUUACGGAGUAAAGAUUGUGUGGCAGCUUUUCCAUUUUUACAGUCUCAUCUAUCUAUAUCUGACGAUGUGCCAGGAUACUUUUUGCUGGACAAUAAUCAUGAAAUGUGGCUGAUAACAUGUGACUUAAAACCCUCGGAGGCUCUAAGAGAAUUAGAAGCAUUAGCGACUCAAUUUGCUAGAAGCUAUAUCGAAGAAAAGGAAAAGAUGUUGAGGGUUUCAAUACCUUUGAAAUGUGUUAAAGUUGAUUCAGUACCUAUUGAAUUUACUAAUAUUUUUCCGCAUUGGAACUAAAUAAACAAUAAUAUAUGUAUUCUUUUUU